CGUUCAGGGUCUCGUAAAAUACGGCUUUGAGGCGCAAAUUCGCUCAUUUUAAAAUUUCCACUCCGGGUUCGACCACAAUGAUGUCUUUAAAGGCUUUUCUCAACGAGAGACUGUUGGCGGUGGCGGAUGAGAUAUUCGGGGCCGUCGAGAAGACAAUAGACGAGUACAAAGAGGAGAUUUGCCGUAUGAAGGACCUGGAAAUCGGUCGCCUUAGAAUGCAGCUGAGGCUCCUGAAGCCAGAUCCAUUGAUCGGUGUCCAGCUGCAGGAGCACACACGUUACCCCCUGCCUCCUCCUCCUCCUCUUUCUCCUCCUCCUCCUCCUCCUCCACAACAGCAACAGAAUGAUGCAGCAGCAGACAUGGAGGCCCCACACAGUGCAGAAGAAGCCAGCAGCAGCAACUUGGAGCAACCCAGGGAGCCUGCUCGAGUGAAGACGGAGCCCCACAGGAACCACAAGGAGUUCUGGCUGGGCCAUAGCUCAGAGGAACAACUGGAGGAUCUGGAGUCGGACAUAAAAGACUUCAUGUCCUCUGCCUCCAAUGUGAAGAACAGUCUCCAGGACUUCCCUUCAUUGCCCUUUUAUUUGUACCACAACAAUAUCGGGGAGGAAGCCAAGGAGAAGCCGUACAGCUGCAGUGUUUGCGAGAAGCGCUUCGCCAACUGCUCUCACCUGGCGGCUCACAUCAGGACGCACACGGGCGAGAGGCCCUACAGGUGUGACAUAUGCAGGAAGAGCUUUGUCACCACCAGUGCCCUCAACAGGCACCAGACCAUACACACCGAGGGCAAACACUACGUGUGCAUUUACUGCAGUAAAGCCUUUAAAUGGAUGGAGUCUCUCGGCAGGCAUGUGAGGAUUGCGCACAAGAGACUUAACGUCCCUGAAUGACCUCAAUUUAAUCCAAAUAUAAACAUAUGUAGUUAGUUUACAUUUAUACGCAUUCGGCCAGGUUCAAGUGGGGGUUCAAAAUGGACCAGUCGUAAACAGAAUAAUCCAUCCAUGGCUUCAUUUAGUGUUAUCAGUGAGCUGACUUUUGGGGUGAAAGGUAGGGUACCACCUGGACUGGGCGCCAUUUAGGGUAUUUGCACCUAUGGAAUGUACAAUUUAAAUUAACAUGCAUGUAUUUGGACUUUGGGAAGAAACCGGACAGGGAGAACAAAGCGAAUAUUCCAACGGGGGUGGAACAGUGGGCGAGUGGUUAGCCUCACAGCUAGGAGACCAGGGUUCAAUUGCACCCUCUGCCAUUUCUGUGUGGAGUUUGCAUGUCUCCCCGUACAUACGUGGGUUUUUUUCGAGUACUCCGGUUUCCUCCCACAUUCCAAAAACAUGCUAGGUUAAUUGGCGACUCCAAAUUGUCCAUAGGUAUGAAUGUGAGUGUGAAUGGUUGUACCCUAAAAGCGGUAGAAAAUGAAUGAAUGUUCCAACGGAAAUUUGGACCCAGGCUGUGAGGCUGAAAUGCUAGCCGCCACACCACAGUGCGGCCUUAACAUAAUGAUAAUAAUCCAUUCAGCCAUUUUCUGCCCCGCUUGUCCUUGUUUAUGUUCCCGGUGAGCCGCAGCUUCCCUCAGUGGCAUCAAACAGUAAUCCAUACUCUCUCUCGGUGCAAUGAAAAACAACACAUCCAUAGCGAGUGAACGCAUCCCAUAAGUCAACAAAUAAGCGCUAAACAUAACAUGUUUAAAACUUUUAUUAUGUGUUGUUUGGGCUUUUUUGUAUAAGCUAUGCAUCUGGCUAUCUGGUGGGCCACACGAACACACUUGGCGGACCUGAUGUGGCCCAUGGGCCACAGUUUGCCCACCACUCUUGUUGACCCCUGUUCUAACCACAAUUCCACUGUGCUGCCCUAAAUAUAAUAGUAAUAAUCUUAGGAUAGAAUAUAAUGAUAAAAUGGAAAAAGUGGCAUUUAUUUAAGAAAGCGGUGUAUUGUUCUCCAGUACUAGUUUAGGCUUCAAAUUAAUGUUCUAUAAAUAACCAUCAACGGGUGCAAACUGUAGUGUUUGUUUUGAAUGUUGAGAAUAUGUGCAUUUUGUCAAGGCUAACGCCAAUAAAUGAUGUAACUGUGUACUCAUUAUGAAAAUGUUUUUACUUGGCUUUUAAUUCCGCUUUGGCCCCUUGCGUUGACAGCAUGUCAGUUUCCCUUUGAUCCGCUAGGUGGCAGCAGCGGCACGCCAUUGACAAGCUACGGUAUUUGUUGAAAAAAAGAGAAACUCAAUAUGAGCGUCACUUCCUGGAUAACAGACUUCUUACAAUCAAAGGUUUAAAAAUAGAAAUGAGAUAACGACUUGAAGAUGUUCACCAAUCAUUCAAGGAGAUCCUCUAUGGAUCAUCUUCAGUGGGGCUGAAGUACUGAGAGAUGCACUUGAGAUGGCGCUUGAAAAAGACAACACACUCAGCUGCUCAGAAUGUGGCUAUGCCUAGUAAGUCAUUAUGGAGCCUGAACGCAGCACCGGGAUGACAAUAAGCGAGUGCACGCCAAAUACGGGUUCCGCGUUCCGCGCUCUUCACCAAACUUACAAUCUACAACCAGUGACGGAAAAAAAAGGUAACACCAAAUAUCAUGUCAUGAGUGUCUUUGUGUACCUGUCCAGUGCAGAGUCCCACCACCAGAUCGGCUAUAAAGGUGUCCUCUGUCUCACCUGAGCGGUGGCUCACCAUCACUCCCCAGCCGUUCUCCUGAGCCAGCUUACAGCUGAUGGGCAGAAAAAGAAGAAUGAUAAAUAAUCUAAAAAUCUAAAAUCAAUACAAACACAAAAUGUACUCACGCCUUAAUGGCCUCCGUGAUGGAGCCAAUCUGGUUGACUUUAAGGAGAAGACAGUUGCAGGCCUUUUCCUCCACGGCUCGUUGUAUCCUACGCGGGUUGGUGACCGUCAGAUCAUCCCCAACCACCUGCAUGAUGCAAAAAUUGCUGAAAUACUCAUAUUUAUCAUAUAAGAUAUAUAUAUAUUUCGGCCUCACAGCUAGGAGACCCGAGUUCAAGUCCACCCUCGGCCAUCUAUGUUUGCAUGUUCUUCCCGUGCAUGCGUGGGUUUUCUCCGUGUACUCCGGUUUCCUCCCAGAUUCCAAAAACAUGCUAGGUUAAUUGGUGACUCCAAAUUGUCCAUAGGUAUGAAUGUGAGUGUGAAUGGUUGUUUGUCUACAGCUGGGAUAGGCUCCAGCAAACCCCGCGACCCUAGUGAGGAUAAGUGGUAGGAAAUGAAUGAAUGAAUGAAUUUUAGUAGCAUAUUUUUUUUAAGCUGUGAUAUAAAAAAACAAACAAAAAUCCAAG